AACAGUGACAGUAGCGCAGACUUUCUAAGGAAGAGAGAGAGACAGAGGCGGAGAGGAAGAUUUCUGAAUAAGAAACUCUCUGUUUCUCUGUUUCCUUUUUUGUAGUGAAAGCACAAAAGAGAAGGGAGAAUGGAAGGGAGGGUACAGAGAAUCCAGGACAUGGGUUUGCAAGAUUGAUCUCUCUUUCUGCCUGAAGACUGAAGCUUUUGGUGGAGAAACAGAUUCCACGGCAAGGGUGGAUGCGUCUGUAGUGAUCUUGCAAGUUAGAUAUGGGAUCUCUGGGACUUGAAACUGACGGCCUAGACUCAGAUACAUACCUUACUUUGGGGAUUAAAGAAUCAGGCAAAGGGGUUUUUGGAGCUCCACGAAUUUUGUCAAUUCUUUCUUCACUCCUUGAGCAAUCUAUUCAAAAAAAUGAGAUCCUACUGGAGACAAUACAAGAUAAAGGAACUGCCACAUCCUUCCAUGGUCUGAGGGUACCCCCUAUAAGUAUUCAGAAAUAUAUUGAUCGGAUGUUCAAGUAUGCAGGCUGCAGUCCCUCCUGCUUUGUUAUUGCAUACAUCUACGUGGAUAGAUUCCUUCAGAAAACAAAUAUCCAUUUAACCUCUCUUAAUGUCCAUCGGCUUCUUAUAACAAGUGUUAUGGUAGCAGCAAAAUUUAUUGAUGAUGCAUUUUUCAACAAUGCAUACUAUGCUAGAAUAGGGGGAAUAAGCACAGCUGAAUUGAACAGGUUGGAGAUGAAGUUUUUGUUUAAUUUAGAUUUCAGGCUUCAGGUAAGUGUGAAGACAUUUCAAAUAUACUGCGCUCAAUUGCAAAAAGAGGCUGCUGAAGGGCAUCAAAUUGAACGGCCUAUCAAAGCGUGUGGAAUCAAAGAGAGCUGGUCAAAUCAGGGGGAUACAACUGCAGCAUGUGCUCCUACCAGUGCAAGAUGAUUAUGCUCAAUCAUCUCAAUAUCUCAUUGGAAUUCAUAAUUUGCUUGUAUCCAAUAGAAUUAGAGGAUUUAGAAGUUGAAUUGUCUAUACCACCUGUAGUUUUAGUGAGUGAUGAUUGCAGAAACAUGAUGAUCUCUUCCACCCAUGAUAUGUUUGUCUCAUUACUUGGUAUAGAUUGCUAGCCUUUUUUCAUGUCUCCUUUGUGGUUUCCUUUGAGACCUUUCUGUAGCAUGUAUAUUACAGAUCAAGUGAAUACAUCAACUGAAGGCUGGUCUUUUGAGUUUUCAGUU